UGACUGAUAAUAGUGAUAAUUAUUUGAAAUCAAUUGUUGAUUAAAAUUAUUAAUUUAUUUUAAUCAUGGUGGAAACUCCAAAUGAUUCGGCCAAUGGCCAAGUUGCUCCACCAAAAACAGCCAAGCAGUUAGAAAAGGAAGCUAAAAAACUUGCAAAAUUAGAAAAGUUUAAACAAAAGCAAGAUAAAAAAGAUACUCCAAUAGUUGAUAAUUCAAAGCCUAAAGAAAAACCUGAGAAAAAAAAUGAAAAAAAGAAAGAAGUCAAGGAAUCAGCUGUUUAUACUGAACAAACACCUGCUGGUGAUAAAAAAAAUAUUGAUGUUCCAAUGCCAGAUGCAUAUAGUCCACAAUUUGUUGAAGCAGCUUGGUAUCCUUGGUGGGAAAAACAAGGAUUCUUCAAGCCUGAAUAUGGAAGAAAAUCCAUUACUGAGCCAAAUCCAAAUGGUACAUUUGUCAUGGUAAUUCCACCACCAAAUGUUACUGGUUAUCUUCAUCUUGGACAUGCUCUUACAAAUGCAGUUGAAGAUUCAAUAACUCGAUGGAAUCGUAUGAAAGGUCGUACAACUCUUUGGAAUCCUGGUUGUGAUCAUGCUGGUAUUGCAACACAAGUUGUUGUUGAAAAAAAAUUAUGGAGAGAAGAAAAUAAAACACGUCAUGAUUUAGGAAGAGAAAAAUUUAUUGAAAAAAUAUGGGAAUGGAAAAAUGAAAAAGGUGGAAGAAUUUAUGAACAAUUAAAAAAACUUGGUAGUUCUGUUGAUUGGGAACGUGAAUGUUUUACAAUGGAUCCAAAACUUUGUCGUGCUGUUACUGAAGCAUUUGUACGUUUACAUGAUGAAAAAAUUAUUUAUCGUAGUAAUAGACUUGUUAAUUGGUCUUGUACAUUAAAAAGUGCAAUUUCUGAUAUUGAAGUUGAUAAAAUUGAAUUAACUGGUAAGACACUUUUAUCAAUACCUGGCUACAAGGAAAAAAUUGAAUUUGGUGUAUUGGUACAUUUUUCAUAUGUCAUUGAUGGAACAAAUGAAAAAGUUACUGUUGCAACAACAAGAAUUGAAACAAUGCUUGGUGAUACAGCAAUUGCUGUUCAUCCAAAUGACAAACGUUAUACACAUUUAAUUGGUAAAUUUGCAAUUCAUCCAUUUUGUGAUAGAAAAAUACCAAUAAUUGCUGAUGAUUUUGUUGAAAUGGAAUUUGGUACUGGUGUUGUUAAAAUAACACCAGCACAUGAUCCAAAUGAUUAUGAAGUUGGUAAACGUCAUAAUUUACCAUUUAUAACAAUAUUUGAUGAAGAAGGAAUAAUUAUUGGUGAUUGUGGUAAAUUUACUGGUAUGAAACGUUUUCAUGCUAGAAAAAUGAUAAUUGAUGAAUUAACUGAAAAAAAUUUAUUCGUUGAAAUUAAAGAUAAUCCAAUGGUUGUACCAAUGUGUAGUAGAUCAAAAGAUAUUGUUGAACCAAUGAUUAAACCACAAUGGUAUGUUAAAUGUGAUGAUAUGGCUAAAGAUGCCAUGGAAGUUGUUAAUAAUGGUGAACUUAAAAUAAUACCAGAACAACAUAAAAAAACAUGGGAACAUUGGAUGACUGGUAUACGUGAUUGGUGUAUCUCAAGACAACUUUGGUGGGGUCAUAGAAUUCCAGCUUAUUACAUAACAUUUAAUGAUAAUUCACAUAAAGAUAUGUCUGAUGAUGAUAGAUGGAUUAGUGCAAGAUCAGAUGAUGAAGCAAAAAUUAAAGCAUCAAAGAAAUUUAAUGUAUCAAUUGAUAAUAUUAAUAUUAAACAAGAUCCAGAUGUUCUUGAUACAUGGUUUUCAUCUGGUUUAUUUCCAUUUUCAAUAUUUGGCUGGCCAGAUAAUACACAAGAGCUACAAGCAUUUUAUCCUGGUGCAUUAUUAGAAACUGGACAUGAUAUUAUAUUCUUUUGGGUUGCAAGAAUGGUUUUUUUGGGACGUAAAUUAUUAGGAAAAUUACCAUUUAAAGAAGUUUAUUUACAUGCAAUGGUUAGAGAUGCACAUGGUAGAAAAAUGAGUAAAUCACUUGGUAAUGUUAUUGAUCCAAUGGAUGUUAUUAAUGGUACAACAUUGGAUAAUCUUCAUAAACAAUUAAUGGAAUCAAAUUUAGAUCAAAAAGAAUUAAAACGUGCUAUUGAUGGACAAAAACGUGAUUAUCCACAGGGUAUACCUGAAUGUGGUACUGAUGCACUUAGAUUUGCACUUUGUUCAUAUACAUCACAAGGUAGAGAUAUUAAUCUUGAUAUUCUUCGUGUACAAGGUUAUAGAUUUUUCUGUAAUAAAUUAUGGAAUGCUACUAAAUUUGCACUUAUGUAUCUUGGUGAUUACAAGGAUAAUGGUGACAACCAGAAUGUUUCAAAAGAGACAACAAAUAUUGGUGAUACAGAAUGGUAUAUUAAUGCUCUUCAUGAAGAUUGUAUUCAAGAUGCACUUGAUAAUUAUUUAUCAGAAUUUCCAUAUCUUGAUGGCUAUACACCAUCUCAAGCUGAUGCAAAAAUAUAUCAAAUGAUUAUUAAAGUAACAAUUAAUAAACGUUAUCGACCACAUCUUGAUAGAUGGAAAAAACAUCUUAAAAGUUUUAAAAAUUCUGAAAAAUUAGCUUUUCGUCAAGAAGAAGGUGGCUUUCUUUCUAACUGUCAGUCUAAAACAACUUCAAAUUUCCUCAGUGGCUAUCAGCUCACUGGUCAUGAGACAAAUGUUGAUCUUUGGAUGCUUUCAAGAGUUAGUUAUGCUGCUAAAACUUGUGAUGAAGGAAUGGCUCAAUAUGAUUUUAAUGGUGCAACAACAGCAUGUUACAAUCUUUGGCUGUAUGAUUUGUGUGAUGUUUAUUUGGAAUAUUUAAAACCAGUAUUUCAAAGUGGAACUGAAGAAGAAAUAUUUACAGCUAGAAAAGUAUUAUUUAAAACUUUAGAUAUUGGUUUGAGAUUAUUGAGUCCAUUUAUGCCAUUUAUAACUGAAGAACUUUAUCAACGUUUACCAAGAACAACACUUAAAUAUCCAAGUAUAUGUGUUAGUCCAUAUCCAGAUGAAAAAGAAUGUCCAUGGAGAAAUGAAGACAUUGAUAAAGAUGUUGACUUUGCUCAAAAAGUUAUAAAAUGCAUAAGAUCAAAUAGAUCAACUUAUAAUCUUCCAAAUAAAAUAAAAACAGAUGUUUAUAUUGAGUGUAGCAGUGACGAACUCAAAGCAAGACUUCAAAAAUAUAAUUCAUUAAUUGGUACAUUAGCAUAUUCAAAUGUUUUAGAGGGUAAACCACCACUUGGAUGUACAAUUAUAACUGUUACUGAUAAACUUCAAGUUCAUUUACUUCUCAAGGGUUUGAUUGAUCCUCAAAUUGAAUCAGCUAAAUUGGGAAAAAAGAAAGAAUUAUUAACAUCAACAAUACUUAAAUUAAAACAAGCAAUAUCAGCAAGUGAUUAUACAACUAAAGUUCCAGUUGAUGUUCAAACAGCUAAUUCAGAAAAAUUAGAAAAUAGUGAAGGUGAACUUGAACGUUUAGCUGAAGCUAUGGAAGCUCUACGUUUAAUGAUGUAAAAUUGAUUGAUUGACAAAAUAGAAUCAUAGUUACAAUUUCAAUAAUUCAAUAGACAAUUAAUAAAAAAUUCUUGAUGUAAAAAUGUUUUAAACAUUUACUUUUUUAUAUAAAUAUUUUUAAAAUCCAUUUAUCUCUUUGUACCAUGAUCAACAAAAAUAAAAUAAUUAUUAAAAUUUA